GGGGCGGGGCGCGCGCGGCUCUAAAGGCCCAGCCCGCGGCCCGCGCUCCAGCCCGGGACGCACGUGUGCGCGGCGCCCGGCGGCCAGACCCCGCCGGCGGACCCCGGCCCCGGGCGGCCCGCGAAGCGCGCGGCGGCGGCAUGCGCGGCGGGCGGCGCAGCUGACGGGCGGCCCCAUGUCUUUCGCCAUGCUGCGCGCGGCGCCGCCCGGCCGCUACCUGUACCCCGAGGUGAGCAUGCUGUCGGAGGACGAGGACAACGGCAGCGAGAGCUCGGGCUCCGACGAGAAGCCAUGUCGCGUGCACGCGGCGCGCUGCGGCCUCCAGGGCGCCCGGCGGCGGGCAGGGGGCCGGCGUGCGGGGAGCGGCCCGGGGCCCGGGGGGCGGGCGGGCCGGGAGCCCCGGCAGCGGCACACGGCCAACGCGCGCGAGCGGGACCGCACCAACAGCGUGAACACGGCGUUCACGGCGCUGCGCACGCUCAUCCCCACCGAGCCGGCCGACCGCAAGCUCUCCAAGAUCGAGACGCUGCGCCUCGCCUCCAGCUACAUCUCGCACCUGGGCAACGUGCUGCUGGUGGGCGAGGCCUGCGGCGACGGGCAGCCGUGCCACUCGGGACCCGCCUUCUACCACUCUGCGCGCGCCGGGAGCCCCCCGCUGCCGCCCCCGCCGCCGCCGCCGCCGCCCCCGCCCCCUGCCCGGGACGGCGAGAACGCCCAGCCCAAGCAGAUCUGCACCUUCUGCCUCAGCAACCAGAGGAAGCUGAGCAAGGACCGGGACAGAAAGACAGCCAUCCGCAGCUAGGAGGCCCACGCCAGCCUGGGUGGCGGGUGGCGCUGGCGGAGGGCCGAGGCGGCCCCCCACGACGGACCUGACCAGAGACGGGCCCCACGAGUGCACAGGCCACGGGUGACAGUGAGCACAGCCCCGGCCCAGUGGGUGCGCGGGCCGGACAGACGGACGGUGGCAGCAGGGCUCAGAGCCAGCCCCCAGCACCCACCCAGGCCCACCCGGACUUCUGCCUUGGUUUCCUUGGGGUCACCUCGUGCUGGCAUUUCUUGUCUUCUGAUGUGAUGAUAUAUGUUCUGGAAGUUUUGUAUAAUUAAAAACAAAACUAUAUCUUCCCAA